UUUCCAAAAAAAGUUUGAAGGGAAAAAACUUCCUGCAGGAGAAGAGAAGCGUGCCAAAGCUCCAGAAAGAAAAGCAGCAACGAGUGCGCGCGCGAGAGAGAGAGAGAGAGAGAGAGAGUGUGUGGGCCACCUUCAAGAGAUUCCCUCCUCAUCUUUAAGGAUAUCUAUACAUUCCUGUAACCACGGCUUCGAAGGUGGACAACGUUUUUUCCUCUCUAUCCCUGCAUUUCUUCAAGAAAGAAAUGGAAGAGGGCUCCAGCUCCCCGGUGUCCCCUGUGGAUAGUCUGGUGACCAGCGAGGAGGAGCUGGACAGGCAGCAGAAGCGCUUCGCGAGGAAGAGGAGGCACAGUAAAAAGUCCAGCGAGGACAGCAGCAGCGGCAGCAGCCCGGGUCCGGUCAAGCGCGGCAAGAAGCCGAGCCCGAGCAGCACUCAGUCGUACGAGGAGCUGCAGAACCAGCGGGUGCUCGCCAACGUCCGGGAGCGGCAGCGGACUCAGUCUCUGAACGAGGCCUUCACGUCUUUGCGCAAAAUCAUCCCCACGCUGCCCUCGGACAAACUGAGCAAGAUACAGACGCUGAAGCUCGCCUCCAGAUACAUAGACUUUCUCUAUCAGGUGCUGCAGAGCGACGAGAUGGACAGCAAGAUGUCCAGCUGCAGCUAUGUGGCGCACGAAAGACUCAGUUACGCCUUCUCCGUGUGGAGGAUGGAGGGCGCUUGGUCUAUGUCCGCGACCCACUAGCACCAAGAGACCUUCACUGACUAAUGCCAAAGCGACUGUUUACUUCUACAAAGUAUGAAGACCAAAGGUAAUAAAUGAAGAACCCAUAGACCUCAAAGGCUUGGCGGAGAAACCCACGACUACCAAGUCCUGCGUGAAGGAGCGUGAGCGUGUGUUUGUGUGUGUGUGUGUGGAUGAUUUUUAGGGUGACUGUGGCACGUGAGAGAGAGAGAGAGAGGGCGAGCGAGCGAGCGAGAGAGAGAGAGAGAGAGAGAGAGAGAGGGGGCAGAAGAUCCACGGUGUGUAUUUCAGGCAAAGCCAUCCUUACAUAGUGUUUUCUUUUUUUUCUUUAAAGAAGGAGAUCUAUUUUGUUUUUGUUGUUGUUUUUUUUUCAAAAAGACUUUAAUCCUAAAGUAUAGAUAUAUAAAUAUAUAUAUUAUAUAUAUAUGACUGAAUCCACAUUGUACAUAUCUGUCUGUGUAAGUGUAGCUUGUAAAAAGGACCAAUGCAAUUCUUUAGAGUCAUUCCUGCAUGGAUUUACUUCACCGACUUUCUUUAGCAAGUCUUCAAAAACUCCGUCCAAUGUACAAUUUCUUUUUUUGUUCUUGCUUAUUUAUUAAAACACAUAUUUUUGAA